UCGUCGACCGUCAUUCAACUCGCAUCGCGAUUCGAAAAAAGAAACCGCAGUCCGCCGUCGUCGUGAUCGCGCUUGAAUCGUGCACGGAUUUUGCCCCGGUUUUCGCUGGAGAUUUCUCAUACAGGCAGCUGGAAAAGAAGCGUAAAGUGUGCUGCUCGUGCGAGUUUGGCGUGAAAUUUCCGUGCGUGCGGUUUUCGCGACGGGAAAAGUGUGUGGAAAAUUUUGGCCUCGUGUUUUUUCGCGACGGCGAAUCGAUCGCCGUACGGAGAGUGUGUGCGGGUUGCUGCGAUCGGGGAGGUGUUUUGGUGGUGUGUGUGUUCUGUGUGCCACACGCGCACACUGACAGUUGAGCAGCAGGCACACACAGGGCAAACAGCAAACGGACUGUCAGAAGAGAAGCAAGGACGGAACAGACAGCAAGUUUAACUUUUUUUUUUCGUCGGGAGGAGAAUUUUAUAAGGAAUUUCCGGAGUAAAUCCGGACGACAGUCGCGACGGAUAAUCUGGCCCCGUCGCAAUGUCGACGCUGCACUUUGUGGUGCACCCGCUUCCGGGCACGGAGGACCAGCUAAACGACAGAAUCCGUGAGGUCGCGGACAAAAUCAACAAAUAUGGCGUCCAAAUUCUGCCCGCCCUGCAGUCGCUCAAAGUGCCCGUCAAGCAGAUCGUGGUCGGGCCGGCCCACCUCGGCAUCCUGCUCGAGGACGGGCGUGCCUUUCGCGUGGCCUUCUCGAUCAUCCCGGAGCGGCUCGACCUGAGCAAGCAGGACCCGAACAAGGCCAGCGGCAGCGGUGGCACCGGCGGAGGAACGGGCGCCGGCGGUGGCGGCAGCCAGUCCAACAACAACUCGAAGAAUUCGCCCGCCUCCCGCCAGUGCCGGUCGCGGGCCCGGAUCAUGCGCACCAGCAACUCGGUCCGCGGCGGCAGCAGCUCGCAGGGUUCGGGAUCGCGAAGCACCGGCGUCAUCAUGGGGGGCAGCGGCUCGGCCGGCAAUCGCUCGCUGGUGUCGGUGCCGGCGCCGUUCGUCCCGGAGGAGCUGGUCACGCAAGCGCAGGUCGUGCUGCAGGGCAAGAGCCGCAAUCUGAUCAUCCGCGAGCUGCAGCGCACGAACCUGGACGUGAACCUGGCGGUGAACAAUCUGCUGUCGCGGGAUGACGAGGGCGGGGACGACACGGAGGAGGGAAGUGACAACUACGUGGCGGAGGAUCUGAUCUCACUGCUGGACGGCGGCUUCCACGCGGACAACAGCGUCAUCAUCGAUGCCGAGGCGAUGUUCUCCGAGGACAUGUUUGGAUUUUCCAACAUUCGAAAUUUGAUGUUAUACAGUCGUGCUCGCAGCGAACGCACUCAGAACAGCUCGUCCUCGUCGUCGGCGGCCGCCGCCGCCGCUGCUUCAGCAGCUGCAGUCGGUGCCGGUGGUGCAGCAGCUGCUGCCGCAGGAUCCGGCGCAGGAUCAACCGGAAGUGGUGGUGGUGCUGGUUCCGUUGCCGGAAGUGGAUCGGCCGCAGCUGGUGCCGGGUCGAAUGAUUCCGGACGGCAGCAGCAGGCGGCUGGCGGUGCUUCCGGUUCGGCCGUCGGUAACGGGGGAGCGUCCGGACUUCCGGUCGGGGGUUCCGGGGGAGGAGGAGGAGGCGGCGGUGCCAGUGGUGGAAGCGGUUCUGGAUUGAACAGUGCCGAGCGGGAAGGCUUCGGACGGUGGCGCGAUCGACAGUACUUUGGACCGCGCCGGUGGUUCCAGAGUGGUCGCGAGGACGCCUGGGACAAAGAGAGUGUGAAACUUUACUAUACCGUAGAUCCGAAGAAGAAGGAGUUCGCUUCCGGUUAUCCACUGUGGGUGUCGGACGAGCUCGAGGCGUGGCCGGAGAAGGACCAGGCGGUGCGGUUUGUGGAGAUUGCCUCACUGUACUCGGAGUUUAUCGGGGUGACGAGCAAGGGGGAGCUGCAUCAGUGGCGUUGGGCAGACGUUGAACCGUACCGGAGCAGUGAAUCGACCAACAUCUUUCACCCGAAGACGGUGCCGCUGAAUUUGCUGUACGAGAAGGUCACGCACAUUUCGGCGACCUCGAUCCGAUGUUCGGUCUCCACCGAAAGUGGACGGAUCGCCACGUGGAUGGACGAGUUGCUCGGAUAUGCCGGCAGCAAGCUGGAACAUGUGGCCACGAGCUAUCCGGAGUUUGCCCUGGACAAGAUCGUAUCGCUGCACACGUGUACGCUUUACACGGUUGCGCGCACCGAAAGUGGCGAACUGUUCUGGUGGGGCGUCCUGCCGUUUGGCCAACGAAAACGACUUUGGGACAAAUACAAAGCGAAAGCUAAAAAGCCGGUCCGACCGAGCGUCAACACACCGGAUGUGACCGUCGGGGCGCAGGUGUGCAUGAAGAACAGUCCCAUGUACCAGCACGGAGCGAUCGGAUUCACGAUCUCGAACGGAGUCCCGAAGGUCGGCCAGCUACUGAACGCCGCCUGGGAUCUUACCAACAUUUGUCGCUUCAAACUACUCUCGAUGUCGACGCUGUCCCAGCAGCUGGGUCUCGCUUCAGGUGGUGCAUCUAACUCCAAUUCAACCGGAGCCGCGGGGCUCCUGCCGUCAUCGGAAGUAAAAGAAAAAGUUCCCAGCUCGAGCUCGGGCAGUGGCAGCGGCAGCACCAAGCAAGGCUCCGGCGGCAGCAAAGAAACGGCCGAUCGGCUCGAUAUGCCACCACCGCCGUCGCCGGCCUCGAGCACCUGCAGCGACACCGGAAGCGCUAGCAACUCGCACAAACAGCGCAAACGGAUGGCCCCGAAGGACGACCAGGACGGCAAGAAGGACGAGGAGCAGUGGCUACUAAAGGACGUCAUCUUCGUCGAGGACGUACGGUCGGUUCCGAUCGGUCGCGUGCUCAAGGUGGACGGUGACUACGCGGCGGUCAAGUUCCCACCGCUGAUUACCGCUGGCACCGGAGGUAAUUCCGGUGGAGGUGGCAUCGGCGGUGGUGGCGGUAGUAGUAGCAAGGACAAGUUUGACGACACCAUCGAAGCUUGGCAGGAUUGUCGGCUGCUGCGCAAGGACGAUCUGCAGGUGAUCAAGUCGGCCACGACAUCGCGCGUUCCGGAUUGUUUCCAGAAGAUUCCGCGCCGUAUCGUGCUGAAUCCCCAUCUGCCCAGUGGGGAGACGAGCGGGACGACGCAGCUGCUGACGAUCGCGGUAGACUCGAAGGGAAUUCACGCGAUCAUGAGAACCGGAAGUAAGCUGCACUAUUGCUUGUUCAAUUUGAACACCGGCAGACAGGAGCAGGACAGUGUGUUCCCCACGGAUAUCGGGUCGUUUAUGGGCACUUCACCGUCGAACGUGUCGCUGACUUGCGCCGGAGAUUGCUCCGACAGUGUUCUGCUGCUGCGUGAUGGCAACAAUACGAUCUACCCGAUGUCCAAGGACUGCGUGGACGCGAUCCGUGAUCCGAGCUGGCUGGAUUUGCCACCGAUCAAGUGCAUUGCUGCGGCCUCGCUGACGUUACCAUCGGUUGGGGUGAACCUCAAGUCGCAGGUUGCGUUGGUCGUGUUGGCCCCCGAACAGCAGCUGCUCAUGGCGCGUAUUCUGCGCUGUGACAUCGAAGGCGUUAGACACGUGCUGGGACAGUUGGAGGGAGACCUGAAGAGUCAACUGAUGUCGGUCAUCUCGGAACACACCGAUGGAAACCGGAACAUUAUUCACGCUUGCAUCAGCAUGUGCUCGCCAACGUCCAACAAAGACUCGGACCAUGAUCCACUGGCGCCGGGAGGUUCCGGAGGAUCCGGUUCGGGUUCCAACACCAACAGUGGCUCCAGCUCGAACUCCGCGGGACUGGAGUGCAUCAACGUGAUAACCAACACCAUGAUGGGCAAUCGCCCGGUGAGCAUUCGAGAGAUUAUGCGCCGUAGCGUGAACCGCGAGAUCGACGCUUCGAACGCAAUCAGUGCCCCGCUCCCGCCGGGAAGCGACGAAGCACCCGGAGGAUCACUGCCCGUUGUCUACUGGCCACCGGAGUAUGACCCGGCCAGCGGCGACGAAGACAGUAUGAGUGGUCUGAACGCGCCCCAGAAAUCCGUCAACGAGACUUACAUCUCCGACCCGAACGAACGUCGUGCGAACGCACUGCAAAUCGUGCAACUUCUCUGCGACAGUCCCGUUCUUCAGCCCUAUCUGAGACAACUUCUGAGCGCAAAAGACGCCCAAGGACAAACUCCGUUCAUGUUGGCCGUAACGUGCCGUGCCUACCAGGCCGGCAUCAUCGUGUUCAACGCGAUCCUCAAAAUCGCCAACGGCGACGCGGCCAUUCGUGACUCGAUGAUCUUCCCGGCUGGAAGUGCCCCCGAUCAGUCACCGCUCGGAAUCCUUUGCUGUAACGACACCUGUUCGUUCACUUGGACCGGUGCCGAUCACAUCAACCAGGACAUCUUCGAGUGUCGCACGUGUGGCCUGACCGGCUCGCUGUGCUGCUGCACCGAGUGCGCCAAGGUUUGCCACAAGGGUCACGACUGCAAGCUGAAGCGAACCUCCCCGACGGCGUACUGCGACUGUUGGGAGAAGUGCAAGUGCAAGGCGUUGAUCGCCGGCAACCAGACCAAACGAUUCGAGCUGCUGUGCAAGAUGGCCACCGACACCGAUCUCGUGACCAAGUUCAACUCGCGCGGCGAGUCGAUUCUUCUGUUUCUGAUCCAAACCGUGGGCCGUCAAAUGGUGGAACAGCGCCAGUAUCGAGCCACCUCCAGAGUGCGCAACUCUUCCGGUAAUGCCCGCAAGACUCCGUCCCUGGAAGCGGACAGCGACAUGCCCGAGCAUGAUCUGGAACCUCCGCGUUUUGCAAGAAAGGCGCUCGAUCGCUUGCUGAACGAUUGGCCCGCCGUGCGUUCGAUGAUCAUGACCGGUGCCGAACAGGAAAAACCGAUCGUCCCGAACGCGGCCCAACCCUUCUACGACGAUGACAACCAGCAGGUCUACCUGCAGUCCCAAAGUGGCACCACUCUGCUGGACAAGUUCACCCACAGUCUGAUCGUGCGCUGCAGCAACGACCCGCUCGAGAAACUGCUCGUAACUCUGGUCAACGAGCUACAGAACGAAACCAUUCCCGGCCGCAUGGACGAAGCCCAGAAGGUGGCGCGUCGCUUUGUCCGCUCGGUGGCACGCGUCUUUGUCAUCUUCAGCAUCGAACGGUUCCACAACCCGGAGAAGGCACGCAACUCGACGACGCAGGCAAAGCAUCUGCAGGCGUACCGACGUGUCUUUACGACGCUGUUCAAGUUUGCCAUCGAGGAGCUGAUUGAAAUUUCGGACGCGCUCAUCACCCCGGUCCGGCUGGGUGUGGUCAAACCAACGGCACCGUUUUCACUGUCUUCGAGCAGUAUCGAUAGUACGGACGACCUGUUCUCGGUGGAACCGCUUGCUCCCCCGGCGAACCGUGGCACCGCCAACAUUGCGGACAUUGCUGCUGGCAGCUCGCGAGGGGGCGGUAGCGAUGGAAUCGAAGCGGAACGUAGCACAAAUUCCGGUUUCAUGUCGCGCAUCAACCUCCGUCUGCGCGACAUUGAAGAUAACAACGACAACGACGCGAUGGCUCAGGACGACGGUGAAAACUCCGAGCCGGAGGAGAUGUCCGAGCGGGAGCAGCCACCUCCGAGGCGUAGCUCCGGUGGUGUGCGAACCGUGUCGAGUGCGGCCACGCUCAACGCCGGCGAGGAAGAAUCGCAAGAUCCGCUGCGCAACGAAGAGGCGGCCCAGGGCGAAAGCGACACGGAGUUCAACUUCCACGAGGCGGAAACCGAGUCCGACUCGGAUGACAACCAGAGCACGCAGGACGCCCAGCGGAGCGUGCAGACGGGAGCGACGGCCGGUUCGGACACAGGUCUCGGAAUGCUGUUUGAAAACGAAGACGAUUCGGGCGAUUCCAGCCAGCCGGACGACGAAGGUUCCGAGGAUGGGGAGAGCGACGACCACUCGCACGAGGAUUUCAACCUGGGAGACGAGCAGCUGGAGCGACGGCAGACGUCCGGCGGCAAUCAGCGCACCAACUUGGCACCGCAGUCGAUGCAGUGGGCCAUCCGAAGUCGGGAAACGGUGGGACCGGAACGGGUCCGUCUGACGACCGGCGGGUCGAACCUCGUCUUUAUCGAUCCGAACGCGCUGCGAAGAACUACGGCGGCGAGCGCGGCCGUCACGGCUGCCCAGCAGCAGGAGGCGCCAACGAUGACGACCACGGCCAGUGCGUUGGCACGAGCAUUUGGAAUUGUGCUGCGGCAGAUUUCCGAUCUGAUCGGAAUGCUGCCGACGAGCUUCACGGGGGCAUCUUCGGCGUUGGAUGUGACGCACCAGGAGGCGAUCCAGCUGCAGAUGUACGUCGAAAAGCGCCUCAAGCCCACCUGGGACUGGAUCCUGACGGUGAUGGAAGCGACGGAAGCGCAACUCCGCUUCGGUGCCUCGCUAACCGACUCCACCGACCCAACGCACCCGCUGCAUCCGCUCAAUACGCCCAGCACCUCGGCGCCAUCGACCUCCAAUCCGACCAGCGUGAUGGGAGUGCUCGCAGGUAGCAGGAACCGCACGGCCAUCGGAUCGCUCGGCGCCACCACGGCACGCAGUCUCGGGUUCACCGAUAGCAGCGCCACCGAGCGGAGCACACGGGAUGGUUCGUCCUCUUCGGACGCCGCCUCCAGUCGGCGAGACUUCCUCACGUACUGCUUGUCGCUGAUGCGGGCGCACAACUCGGAACAUCGGGACUUUUUGCCGGUGUUGGACGUGACGGCGCUGCGCCACGUGGCGUACGUGCUGGACGCGAUCCUGUUCUACAUGCGGGCCAGCAACGAUUGCGACAUCGAUCGGACGACGACGGGCUCGAACGUUUGGGACGAUCAGGACGAGAACGAGAAUGAAGACGCGGAGGAGGACAUUUCAACGUCAAUCGUAAUGGACACGGACUCGGUGGACGGGGAUGAUCUGAUGCGGCCCUCGCUUGGUCGUCGUCACUCGUUCUUCCAGCGUUCCGACUCGACGCUGUGUCUGGGAUGUCCGGCACCGGAUCCGUUCAAUGCUCCACUUGCGGAGGCACUUCCGCUGGCCGAUCAGCCCCAUCUGUUGCAGCCGAACGCUCGUCGCGAGGAACUCUUCGGUAUGCCCAAGCGUCCGAUCACGCUGCCGCCGAACACGCAGCAACAACAACCGGGUGGCAGCGGCGAGGGAAACGUCAAUCUGGAGGUUCCACCGGUGCGACUCAGCUUGUCCGCUAGCAUUCGGAACGAUGAACUGGCAAGCGGUUCUUCGACGAGCAUUUCCAACUCGACGACCAGCAACGUGGAAACGGUCGCAAUGGAAAUCUACCAGGAAGACGAAACGUCCCAGGACAAGACCACGGUAACAACGGCGGCCGGAACGGCGACGAGUGGCGUGGAAAUUUCCAUCCCGGUCAGCAUCUACCAGGACGCAACGAAGCAGCAGCUGCACAAAACGACGACGAUCGUCCUGAACGAGAAAGGUGAGGCAAUUUCUCCUAUCAAAGAGGUUAACACUGUGGCGGCGGAACAACCGAAGGCUGGCCCAUCCGGCGAACAGUCGUCGUCACAAUCUUCCAAACCACCACCGCCACCCCCUCCGGCAGUUGGCGGAUCCACGACCGGCGAUGGUGGCAUCGGUUACUACAGAAAAAAACAUCUGUUCUACAUCAAGGCCGCCAACAGCAAGUACACUGCCGAAGAGUCCGACGACGUUGACGUUGACGAGAUCAGCAUUAUCAGCUCGGACGAGCCGCAAGAUCUGUCCCAGUCCUCGAUCAAGAUCGACGUCGACACGGACCAGGACCACGACGAGCUGUCCGAGUCCGACUCGGAAGACUCGCGGCAGAUCAUCAAGCGCCAAAAGCUGGACGAUUCCGCCGAACCGGAACCACCGACGCCAUCGCCAACGGUCGUGGUGGUUCAGCAGGACGCCACAACCGCCGCUUCCUCCUCCACUUCAUCGUCGUCGUCAUCCGCAAUCCGUCCGCCAAUCAUCGUGACCAGACGGAAGACGGUGUCGAUCGAAGGCGGGACGACCGCUGCCCAUCCUCCUCCUCCACCUCCUGCUCCGCAAGCAGCGACGGCAGCGGCGGCGGCGGGUGGAAGUGCGUCGGACGGCUCGUCUACAGCUGCGUCGUCAACGGUCUCGAUUGGUGGUGGUGGUGGCGAGCAGCAGCAGCCGAUUACGUCCUUUGUCACGUACGCGGCCACCAGCAGUGUAUCCGGAGGCGUCGCCGCCGCCAGUGGAACGUCGCCCGGCAAGAGUGUGAUUGUGCGCGCCGGACCGUCAACGGCCUUUUCUCCGUCGGCCAGCUCGGCCAGUGCGGCGGAAGUGAUUCAACAUGCGGAGGCGAUGGACCUGCAGGAGAUUUCCGCCCACGUGACGGUCGAGACGACGCCGAACGUGGCGCAACAGCAGACGGUGCAGCAGCCGGAGUUGCCCCCGCGCGGGAUUUAUCUACGGUCCGGAAGUGGCGGCCCCGGCGGUCAGGGUACGCUCAGUUCGAACAUCCUGUCGGACAUUCUGCUGGGCCGUUGGCGGCUGUCGCUGAUACUGUUCGGACGGGUGUUCCUGGAGGACGUCGGCGUGGAGCCGGGAAGUGUGAUCUACGAGCUGAACGGAUUUCCCGUGAAAGAGGCUAAGUUUAGACGGUACAUGGAGAAGCUGCGCAACGCCCAGCAGAAGGAUCUCACGCUGUCCAAGAUGGAGCGGAACCGGGCGUCGCUGUUGACGCAGACGUUCAAGGAGUUGAACACGCACUACAACAACCGCCGGUUGCAGUCACCGUUGGCGUUCAGCCGGGUCAAGGUCACGUUUAAGGAUGAACCUGGCGAGGGUUCGGGAGUGGCAAGAAGCUUCUACACCUCGAUUGCCGAAGCCCUACUGGCCAACGAGAAGCUACCGAACCUGGACGCGGCCCAGACGGGCUCGGCCAAGUACACGACGGUGCCGUUCAACAGUAUGCUGCAGCGGCAUCGCGGAACGAGCAGUAGUAGCACAAGCGGCGGCGGCGGCGGCGUUGCCGGCUCUGGAACCGGGUCCAGUUCGAUAGUGAACGCUUCCGGAGGUAGCAGCAGCGCCAAUCGUGACCCGAACGUUCGCCGGGGACUUUCCAGCAAGCAGCCGCUGUGGCGCCCAAAUCGUGACUCACGAAAAACGCUCAACUACGAUGCACGGCCAUUCCGACCGGCCAGCGAGCAGGCCCAAGGAGCGGCCGUCGGAGGAAACAGCAGUCCACCCUUCUUGCAUCUCAACGAUGGUCUACCAGCGCACCAGCAACAACUCGGAGAACGACUCUACCCGAAAGUGCAAGCCCUCUACCCGAACAACGCACCCAAAAUCACCGGAAUGCUGCUGGACCUUCCGGCGACGCAGAUUCUCAUGCUUCUCGCCUCGGAGGAAAGUCUUCGCCAGAAGGCAAACGAAGCGCUGGAAAUAAUCCUCAGCCGGCAACGGCUAGAAAUCGACAAUCUGAGCGUGGCCGGAGCCGCCGGCGGAUCCUCGGUGGACCAGACGGGUGCUGGCGCUGGCUCUAGCUCGGGCUACACGUCCGCCGGCCAGAGUUCCUCCAAGAAAAGCGGCCCAGUGUUGAUACUAGAAGAUUGUCAACUCGACGCGCCCCUAUUCUACUCGCCCGGCAAGCGCGGCUUUUACAGUCCCCGCCAGGGCUAUCCGUCGAGCGAGCGGCUGAAUGCAUUUAGAAACGUCGGAAGAUUGAUUGGCCUGUGCCUGCUGCAGAACGAGCUGUUCCCGCUGUUCCUGCAGCGCCACGUGCUCAAGUACAUCCUAGGGCGGCAGGUCCGGUUCCACGAUCUGGCCUUCUUCGACCCCGUCGUGUACGACUCGCUCCGCCAGCUGGUCAAGGACUCGCAAACCAAGAGCGGCAUCACGAUCCUGCAGAGUUUGGAGCUGAACUUUGUCAUCGAUCUGGUCCCGGAGGAAGGUUCCGGCACGGUCGAGCUCGUGCCCGGCGGUCGGGACAUCCAGGUGAACGAAACGAACGUGUUCGACUACGUGCGCAAGUACGCCGAGUAUCGAAUGAUCAAAACACAGGAGAAGGCACUGGACUCGCUGCGGUCCGGGGUGUUUGACGUGCUGCCCGACACGGCGCUCGACCAGCUGACGGCGGAGGACCUGCGGCUGCUGCUGAACGGCGUCGGCGACAUUCACGUGGGCACGCUCAUCUCGUACACGUCGUUCAACGACGAGUCGAACGAAAGCAGCGACAAGCUGCUCAAGUUCAAGCGCUGGCUGUGGAGCGUCGUGGAGAAGAUGAGCAACCUGGAGCGGCAGGAUCUGGUCUACUUUUGGACCGGCUCGCCCGCCCUGCCCGCCUCCGAGGAGGGCUUCCAGCCGAUGCCAUCGGUGACGAUUCGGCCGGCGGACGACGCCCAUCUGCCCACGGCCAACACGUGCAUCUCGCGGCUCUACAUCCCGCUCUACUCGAGCAAGGCCGUCCUCCGGCACAAGCUGCUGCUGGCGAUCAAGACGAAAAACUUUGGCUUUGUGUAAUCAGCCGGACUGCGCUUGAAAGUGUGUGAGAGAGAGCAAAAAGACACUAACAUAGUCAAGGACCAGUGACCAGUGGUGGGGAAACGAGCGGGGGGCGAUCGAACCUUUGAAGUACUAAUUUUCUCUUCUCACAAUUAUCCUGUUUUUAUUUGCUCUUUUCCUUCGUGUGUACAUAUUUCGUUGAGUAGUUUGGCACAUUAAAAAUCCAAUCUGAAACGACCGUGCGAUCUAAAAUUACACUCCCUCCCCCCCACUUCCGGUGCCCUCUCGAUUCGGCGUAAAAACGAAAGAAAUCUAAAAGCAAAAGAAAAACAAAACAUUUGUGUAACUGUAAAACACAAGCAAAACAGAUAAAACAGAAACAUACGCGUUCGCUUAAUUGUGUGUUGUUUUCUUCGAUACUCUCUGAACUCUGUGCGUAAAGAAGGAAGACGAAAGACGAAAGAGGAAGAAGAAGGAUUAACAAUAACGUCGCGUUUGAAUGUGAUUAAACCAUUUAUAUAUCCAAUAUAAAUGCAAACCUAUAAAUAAAUUUAUAUAUCUAUAUUUAUCAUAUACAAUUAAACUAAAAGUAUGAGAAAAAAAACAAUACAAACGAAUAAAAUUAACGUUAGUGUUGCUGAACUCGGCUUGAGCAGCAGCAGCUUCGAGAAAUACACACACAGAAACACUUGCAUACACUUUAGAUAGCGUUAAGUUCAGUUCAAAAGUUAGUGAAAGCAGCAUCAGCAGCAAUGGGAUUGUCGUUUUGCGCCAUUUCGUAAUAAAAACAAAACGAAUAAAAAGCUCUGUAAAACGCGCGCUAGAAUUCUUUAUUAUUUAUCUACAAUGUAGCAUCAAUUUCUGUUCUUUAUUAUUUGUCUCUAUUAAGUUUUGAAAAACUACCACAAUUUAUUUCACUCGCUUACAAUUUGCUCGGUUCUAGGGAGGGUUUCGCUGAGACAGAAAGUUAGAAUAAUCAAUUCGCGGAAGGAAAUUGCACCACCCUAAAACUACUACUAAACUAGAAUACCCGGAAAGAGGCGCAGAAAGAAUAACAAAGAGAAAAUCAAACGAAGUUCAAUAAAUUCAGUGCGGAAGCUGCUAAAAAGCAAUUCCAGCUCAAAUCAGGAAUUUUUCUGGUACUUUUGUAUCCGACCCUCUCCGAUUUCAAUGAAACUAAAUAGAUAUGUUAUCCAAGGCUAAUAUAAGUGUUCAAAAUAACAUGGCUACAAAGUUUCAUUGAAAUCGGAGAGGGUCGGGUACAAAAUUACCAGACAAAUCCCUGUUUUGAGCUGGAAUUGCUCUAAAAACAAACAAAAAAAAAUUCACAAGCUACAAUAAUUUUAUUGGAGUCCAACUGAACUAUUAGUUCAUAAUUUCAAGGAAAUACAUUUUAAACACUUGUAAAAGGAA